GUGCCACCGCCACCCCGGACGCCCUCGGCCAGGGGACGGGAGGAACUACAACUUCCAGCAGAUCAAGGGACAUAACGCGCAAGCCCAAGAAGUGCCGCUCGCCAGCUCCUACUGGUCCGCACACCGACUACACACACCUGCGGGUGCGGCCGCUCACGCCUUGGGCACGCAGGAAGUAGAACUACAACCUCGGAGGCCCCCGCGGCGAUGAGGUUACAGAAACUACAUUUCCCAGAAGUCUCCGCUCCGCGGCUGCGGAGCCUGUGGAUUUCGGAAUAGCUGACGCGGACGGGCCGCGUGAUCCGAGGGUAGACAUGGCGCUCUUGGGCAGAUCCCUGAGUCGCCCGUUGUGUCCCGUCAGUAGGGCUCUCCUGGAUGUCAGGUGGCUCCAGCCCCAGACCUUGCUGCGGCUGCCCGACGCCUGGGGGCUCCCCGCCACGCAGCCGAGCCGGGGUAAGGCACGCGGGAACGAGUACCAGCCGAGCAACAUCAAACGCAAGCACAAGCACGGCUGGAUCAAGCGCUUGAGCACACCGGCCGGCGUCCAGGUCAUUCUUCGCCGCAUGCUCAAGGGCCGAAAAUCGCUGAGCCACUGAGCCCCUCGCUGCCUCUGAGACAGCCCCCUCCCCCAUUAAAGCAUCUCCCUCGCUUCAGACCGCUCCUGCCGCUGUUUUUGUGCGGAGGUUGGAUGACUCAGACAUGAGUGCUCCUCCGAUUGUGGGGUUGGCCCAGGGCAGAAGUCUGCGGUUGGGCCGGAAAGGGGAAUAGGAAGUCAGAAUCCAACCUAUGGCAACAGUCCACGGAAGAGUACGUGAACCCCGUCGUGUGCCCACCCAUUUCUGACUACCUGCAGUCCAUCCUGCUCCCUCCUGUGUGUGUGUGUUUAAAGCAAAUCUCAGGCAUGGUGUUAUUUCUUAUGGAAAUAUUUAAGAAUGCAUUUCUCCAAGAUAAGGACCCUUUAAAACAUAAUCCCAAAAUUUCUUAUACUUAGAAAAAGUCAGUAAUUCCUCAAUGUCAUUAAAUGUCUAAAUUGUCA